CCAGUGACCUCAGAAGCAGGCAGUGAAAGCUAAGUGGCUCGACCACAGUAUUUGGCUCUGAAAUAUCGUCGUAGACACAUGCAAAGUACGACAUUGAAUUCACUUGAAACAGGAAAAUUGUUUCGCGAUGGUGCGGGGAGUGUGGGCGGUGCUACGGAUGGUUUCCACCAAAAGCAACCCUGUGCUUAAAUCAAACGUACCUGGUGCUUCCAGAGUUGUUGCAUCUCUGCAAAGACAUAUCUACACUUCCUGCGUCAGAGCUAUUUCAAGUGAGGUAAAACCCCUACAGUCAGCUGUCAGAAUGCCUGGGAUAACCACAGACCACCUGGACGAGAAGCAGGUGAAGCUUCUGGCCGAGAUGUGCAUCCUCAUCGACGAGAACGACCACAAAGUUGGAGCAGACACCAAGAAAAACUGCCACCUGAACGCUAACAUUGACAAAGGUCUAUUACACAGAGCUUUCAGCGUGUUCAUUUUCAACAGUGAAGAGAAGCUGCUCUUACAACAGAGGUCUGACGCCAAAAUCACUUUUCCAGGCUGCUUCACGAACACAUGCUGCAGUCACCCUUUACACACAGACAGUGAGCUGGAGGAGAAGGACGCAAUUGGAGUGAGGAGAGCAGCUCAGAGGAGACUCGAGGCUGAACUGGGUAUCCCCAUGGAACAGGUGACACCAGAUGAAAUGACUUAUCUGACGAGGAUCCACUACAAAGCCCAGUCAGACGGUGUGUGGGGAGAACAUGAGAUUGACUACAUCCUGUUCAUGCAGAAGGAUGUGGAUUUGAGUCCAGACCCCAAUGAGAUCAAAACCCACUGCUAUGUGAGCAAGGAGGAGCUUCAGGAGAUGUUGGAGAAGGCAAAGCGCAAAGAAGUGGAGAUCACACCCUGGUUCAGCCUCAUCGCAGAGACCUUCCUCUUCAAGUGGUGGGACAACCUGCACAACCUCAAACAGUUCAUGGAUCACAACAAAAUCCACCGCAUGUAAAUAAAUCCACAUGGAGCCAUAACUUCAGUCAUUUCAAACCCUAAAGCUGUGUCACUGGCUAUUUGUUGCCAUGGUAGUAGCAGGUGAAAUACUUUUACACUGAAAAGGUAGAAUGUUUGUCAUGCUAAAUGCCCGAGGAAAUGUCGCUUCUGGUAGUCAUAUGUGCAUGUGAACUGAUGCAAGUAAAGUGACUCUUAGUCUUAAGGAUUUUGAAAAAAAUACAUCAUAUAAUCCAUUCUGAGUAGCUACACUCUGGAUUUACAGACUCAACAGAAAGACAUUAAACAUAUGUUAUUAGGAUGAAUAAUAAAUCCUAUCAAUGUAGAGAAAAGGCUAUUUUUUUUUAUACAAGAACUUAAGUGCCUAAGUCCAGGUUAUUAGGUUGAGAGCAGUCUAAGUACUGAUGGGAUGUCUCGGCAACAACUCACUUCUGUAUAUUGUCAAUAAUGAUUUCACUGAACAAGCUUUGCACUCUUUUACACAAUAAAGUGUUUGUGUUCAUUGGCAGAAGACGGCUGUGUUUUUGUAAUAGGGAGCUGUGAAAUGAUGGCAAAAGAACACCUUGGUGUCACCCUGUAGAAUUGCAUUAAAGUGUUAAAUAAAAUUCAAUUUGUAUUGUA